AGAGCUAAUCCUAAGGCUGAAAAGGAUAGAUGAGAUGUAUUACAACACUAAGUGUAUUCUAUAUAGCGAAAUAUUAACUUUGUCAUAAGGAUAUGACGGGUGGUACAGUUAUCAAGUGUGUAUGUACAGAGAAAGAUCAGUAAAUAAUCAAUAUUGCCAGACCACACAUACUCACCUAUCCUUUUAUGUCAAAGACCCACCACCUGUGGAAGACUGACUCCUGGUGUAGCUCAGGCUGGUCAUGCAGCAACCUUGCAGUGCCCGGUGACUCUAAUACCAUAUCUUGUGGUAGCUAUAUACUUCCAAAUGUGGAGCUGUUUGGACCCAGG